AUGGAAUCGGGUGAGAAGGCACAGUCAGCUUGGUUGGUUGGUCACUUCACCUUCAAACAGUCAACCUGUUUAUCCGGAAUCGGUCGAGCGAUGUUUGUUUCUCCAAGAAGAUUACGACUAGCCACGCAAAAUGGAAACGCUAUCCUCCUACAGUCUAUCGCUUCAAGUCGGCUGGACCCCUCUAUCCGAUCUUCAGUCCAAGCUCCUCAAUCUAGGAAACUAGGCUCGAUUGCAAAGAUCCAAGCACUCGGUAAACCUGCAGGCGCGGAAGAGGAGGAAGACGAUCUUCUAUCUAGUCUCACAAAACGUAGAGGAGGUCGAACUAAAAAAGGUAUUCAAAAAAUCAGCCCAAAAGAUUGGCUAUUGACUGAAGAGGGCUUGAAGUUUAGACAUCCAACGAUCGGUAGACCGAAUUGGCUGGGUGAUGAGAUUCCGUUCCCGACCAAUCCCUGGUUCAAACCGCAGCCGCCAAUCUCAGACAAAAUUCGUACUCAAGUCUAUGAAUCAUUCAAACAGCGAAUUCAUGCAAUCUACAAGCAACAAUCGUAUCCCAAUUUAUCCCUGGAUGAGAAAACAAGACAAGAACAAAUUUUGAUCCGAGAGACAUCAGAUCAAUGGGGAAUCUGUCGCGACCGAGUCUCCGCGAUCAUCAGAUUGAAGGCGAUGGAAGACUCUUGGCCAUUGAACGAGACAAAUGAAGAAGGACAACCGAUCAAACCACACAAACGAACAUUGCAGUUAAAUUUCGAAAAAGGCAUGGAGAGUGUCUUGGGAGUCCAAACCGACCAAGCCAUCCGACUCAAUCCAGAUAUCAAUCAACUUGCCAAUCGCCGCCUCCAGCGUAAAUCAAGCUUUUAUGGUACUGAGUUUGUCCCCAUCGAUUCCCCCGAACCCAGCACCCAGCCAGCCCAACCACCAUCUGAAAUGAAUGCAACUGAAGCUCAGCGAUCGAAGAAUAAGAACAAAUAUCAGGAAGAUGGCGAGCCGACUGAGACCAGACAUGUCAUCGGAAGCGAUGGCUUGCCCCGUCCGUCGACUUGUUAUAUCUCUAAACCACCCAACAAAGUUCCGAUGGUUUUCACCGAUGUUUCCGAAUUCCCUCGAGCUCCUAAACCGAUGAGCAAACGCAAGGCCAGAUAUUAUCCCAAAACUUCUCUCCUACCGGAUUAUUCGGCGCAACCUACCCGCUCUAGCCCAUCCUCUGCGCGUCGAUCACACUCUACAGCAGCAGCAACGAUAGCUUCAGUUGAACAACUGAAUAACCCACAAUUUCCCCCAUCAAAUAGUGAUAUUCAUGAGACUGCUGCUGCUUCGAAAGCGCAGCAGGAGAAAUCGGAUGAAGAAAAGAGAAAUCUUGCCGGUCGACUACUUAGACAGCUCAAGGGUUGUGCGAGCUCAGAAAAUGGAUCGAAAUUAUUAGAUCAACUCAGUACCUCGCCUGAUUAUUCGGAGUUCAGUAGCUUGACCGGUAUCGACGCGGACGAAAUCAAGGAAUCUUUGUUGCUCCGGGCAGGAGGGCUAUCAUUCAAAACCUCGGGUGGUAAAAAAAUUAUGGAGGAGUUUCAUCCAGAUCGGAUCAACUCGAUCAGAAAUGAAAAUGAAGCUCCUGUAUCGGAGGAUGAGAAACAGAUUCGAUCGAUCAAAUUGGAAAUGAUCAAAUCGAUUUACCUCAAAAAAUUAGAACUCAAUUCAUCUGGAAGGUUAUUGUUACCCAAAUCGAUUCGAACGAAAGAAGACAAGGAUCUCAAAAUCCUACAAAGCGCCGGAUCGACAUCUUCAACUUCCAGUGCGGAUCAAAGUAGUUGUAGUAGUACCUCUGGUCCAACUCCGUCGAGCUCUUCGGAUUUGAUCAGCAGUCGGAGUAACCAAUUGGUCCGCAAAUGCAUGAAAGGCCCUCUCGGCAGGAUCAAACAGAGACAACUUCUGGCUAACCGAAACCAAUCUGCUAAUCAUUGAAUCUCAACCUCGACAAAAACUCUUGCGGAAACAACUUGCGAUCUUUGUUCACUCAAUACUCAUCUGAUUUGUCCGCUCAAGUUGUUUUCUCUUAUUUGAACAAUCUCUUCUCUUUUUUUAUGUCGUUUAGCUUUUCAAUUCUUUCGUCUUCAGCUUCUCAUACUCUGUCCUUUUUCUCUUGUGUUGACAUGUUCAGAUGAGAAAUAAUAAGUUUUUCUUAGAUGGUAAUGCACGGAUUUACGUAGGAGGUGAACG